ACCUCGUCAGGAAUGAAUACUAUCUACAUAUACAGAAAUAUACAUAUACAGCCGUUGUGAUGUGUUAAAGUAUUCGAUGUGCAAAUGUCAUGUGCGAUAGGCAGAGGCAGAGCCAGAGUCCUGGGUGCUGAGUGCCACCUCAAAUUUUAUCGGCCAGUUUAAUGAUGAUUGACAUCUCAUUUCACCACUUGCUGAAAAAGCGUCUGGUGCCGCACGCAUCUUUCAAAUUAAUAAAGGACGAAAGUGAUGCGAGUAACAGAUAAGGUAUAUAAGGUUACCGCAUAUAAGGUUAGUUUUAAUACUAGGCAUCGGGAUUUUGUGUGCGGAAAUCAUUUUGAAAGUGAAGUCUCUGUAUGAGUAAACAUGAAUGUUGGCGCUAGACGGGUUAAUCAGAUAAGAGAGAUCGGUUCCCGAUUUAGCCCAAAUAUUAUGUUUAACGUUACAUUUGUGCUAGUUAUAUACACAUAAACAGUGCAGUGCCAUUACAUUACACUAUUUGCCUGUUUACUUAAUGUAGGCUAACGUCAGCUACACCCACCACCAGUGUUUAAAUGUUAAGCUAACUUUGAAAUUCUUAAGCUAUUUAUCUGGUCAUGAUCCUCAAAAGAUUACCUCAAUUGCAAAUAGCCUGUUUACGUUUCAUAAAGGGCUAAUAAAAUACAGCUAAGUUACUCCAAAGUACGGCCUGCCAUGUAACGAAUCUAGUAACGUAUGCUUCAGUUGAUUUAAUGGUAUAGUCCUAAUGGAAUUGAAAUUAAAAAAUUUUUAAAAUUGUAUUGAUGCUCAGAUGUAACUAUAGACUGUCAUAUUUUUGCAUAGGGUCAAUUAAACAUGAAAAGAAAGGGAGAGAUAACAGACUUCUUUUUAAAGAAGCAAAAAUAGGCAGAUCAGGUGCAAACAGUCUCCAACCCUUGCAUGACCACCGGACCCCGGAGCAGCUCCCUACCUGAGACUAGUCAGAGUCAAUGUGGUCAGGCUUCACAAGAACCACCAACAGAUGAGUUGAGGGAUGACACAGAGAGUUCUGACUCUGAGCAGGAGAGUGAGCCAGAGCUGCCAGGAGAUGUCAAAGAGCCUCGGCCAACCACAUCAAGCAGGAAAUAUGCUGUUCCAAAAGGACCCAAUGGUAUCUCAAGAUCCAGAGACAAGGGUCCUGUACAGCCAGGUUUGAAAACAUUUCCCAGAACUCAGUUUGGUACAAGGAAAAGAGCUUUUAACAGCUCCUGGUAUAAGGACAAUUCAUGGCUUGAAUAUUCUGAAAGUCAAGACUCAACUUAUUGUUUUGCCUGUAGGCAUUUUUCUUUGCCAAAUACAUCUGAAUCUGCAUUUACAUCACAGGCCGGCUUUUGUAACUGGAAAAAAGCUCUGUUGAAAGAUUCUGGGUUUAAGCUCCAUUCAAAAGCAGACCAUCACUUCAAUGCCAUGUACGCUUGGAAUGAGUAUCAAAGAUCUGUUGAUGGCAACUCAUCAAUGCUAGAUGUCACGGAUGAAGAGCGUAAAAAGAAAGUGGAAGAAAACUGUGCUUACAUAAAAACCAUUGCAGACGUGCUACUUUUAACUGCCACCCAAAAUAUAGCACAGAGAGGUCAUCGAGAGUCUGAUGAAUCUCAAAACAAGGGUCAUUUUUUGGUAAUCUUAGAUGAAAUCGCAAAGCAUGACCCUCUCAUAGAAAAAAGGAUGACUGCAUGUAGCAAUGCUAUAUAAGUAUAUAAGUAUACAAGCCACGAAAUUCAAAACGAAAUUCUUCAGGUCUUGGCUGAAAUGGUACAAAUUGAAAUAAUAAGAGAAGUAAAAGAAAGUGAAGUUUUUAGUGUAAUUGUAGAUGAAACUAAAGAUUUAAAGAAAAAAGAACAGUUGUCUUUAGUCCUCAGGUACUAUUACAAUGGGGCCAUCUACAAAAGUUUUUUAAACUUUCAUUCAGCUCAAAGCUUGGAUGCUGCAGGUCUCACAAAAAUCAUAAUUGAUUGCCUUGAAAAACAUGGUCUGGACUACAAAAAUAAUCUUGUGGGGCAGGGCUAUGACGGUGCAUCCGUUAUGAGCGGAAAGCAUUCUGGUGUGUCUGCACGCAUUAAAAGCUGUGCAAGAUUUGCAUUUUAUGUUAAAUUUGGUUCUUGUCGAUGCUAUAAAAUCAGUGCCUGAGGCAGUUAACUUUUUGGCUCUAGUGCGGAAGCUUUAUUCCUUUGUAUCUGGAUCAUAUGUUCAUCUCCAGUGGCUUGCAGUUCAAAAAGAGUUGUAUCCACAGCAGCAACCCAGGGAACUACAGAGACUUACAGAUGUAAGGUGGGCAUGCAGAUACAUGGUGCCUUAAUCUAAGAGACAGGCUUCCAUCAGUGCUGAGAGUGUUACAGGAUAUAGCACUUGAAAAUAGUGGCGAUAGAUCAGUGGAGGCCAAGGGAAUUCUGUCUCAGAUAGAUUUACAUUUCAUAGGGCUUUUGGUUACCUUUUGUAAAGUUCUUGGUGAUGCUAAGUGUCUUUCUGACAUGCUCCAAUCAAGCUCUCUUGACCUAACAAGGGCUGUGGAUUUAGUAGGUGCCCUCACAGACACAAUACAGGACUACAGAAGUGAAGAUUACUUUAGAGAACUGUGGAAAGAGGUUGAAGAGAUUGCAGAACAUUGCAAAAUAUGUAUACAAACAAUGUGUAGAAGACAGCCUAAAAGAAGCAUAAGAUUUAAUGAUUCAUUGAUGAUGAGCACUGUAGGACAGAGAAAUAGUGACCAAAGUGAUGUUGAGAGCUUCCAAAGAGCUGUCUUUUAUCAAGUGCUUGACAGUCUCACAGCUGAGAUGCAGAGGUGUUUUUCAAAGAAGAAUUGUGAAAUAAUGCAAGGAAUCCAGUCUCUUAACCCAAAGAGUGGAACAUUCUUAAGUGAGGAGCCUAUGUUUGCCUUCGCUCAGAUCUUUGAGUCAAAUUUUGAGGACCUUAAACAUGAGGUUCAACAGACUAAGCGACUUCUUGACAGGAGAGAGAAAAGUGGAGGGGACAGACCAUCUACUCCCCUAGAAUUUGUUGUCUUUCUUUAACCUUAUAAAGAGGUUUUCCAUGAGCUGUUUAGACUUUGUAAGAUUUCUGUUGUCAAACCAGUCAGCAGUGCUUCCUGUGAGAGAAGCUUCUCAGCUUUAAAACUGAUUAAAACUCAUUUUAGGAAAACAAUGGUGGAUGACAGGUUAAGUCACCUUGGAAUUCUUAGUGUUGAGUCAAGUAGGGCAGACAGCCUCAACAUGGAUGAGUUUGUGAAACGUUUUGCAAGUUCUCACCAGAACCGUAGACUUGUUUUGUUUUAAAUUCCUUUAAUAUAAACCAGAAUGAUUAUUUCUAUUAUCAAUCAGUCAGUUUCUGCAAUUUCUGAUUCAUGUUUAAUUGCAUGUUUUGCAAUUCAUGUUUUUUUUUUCUUGAAAUGUGAAAUGUGAAAUUCUAUAAUGCACUUUAUCCCAUUGUUCUUGGUGCUUAAGCAUUAUAUCUGAAAAUGUUUGGGAUGUUUAACACUUAUUAAAGACCAAGAAUUUAUAUUCAACAGAAUGA